GUUAACAGAAGUAGCGUUUUUUGAUUGUAGCCUAAUGCUUUAACUUAAAUUUAUUAUUAUUUAUUGUUCAAAACAAUUAAUGAAAGUUAUUUAAAAGUGUUUAUAUUUAAAGUGCUCAAGAAUUAGUAUUCAAAAUGGCUAUGCUUGCUGAACCACGACGCCGUAAAAAGUACAAUUUGUGUCCGCGCGGCAAAGCGCUUUAUGAAGAUUCCGCACGUUUUGGCACGAAAAUGCUCGAGAAAAUGGGCUGGUCUAAGGGUCGCGGGCUGGGUGCUAACGAAGAUGGCUCACAAGACUUUGUGCGCGUUCGUUUUAAAAAUGAUGCCGAAGGAUUGGGCUACGAAAACCGCGAUGAUCAAUGGACCAUCCAUGAAGAGGGUUUCAAUGGCCUGCUAAAUUCACUCAAUGGCGGCAGUGCCGACGAUGCUCCAAAUACAAAUGAUAAUAGCGGUGCAGCAUCCGCUUCCGAGGACGAAGCUCGUCCUAUGGGCUUCGGUUUUAGGGAGACGACACCUGAAAAAAAGGUUAAGAGCAAAACCCUGAAAAAUAACAUAAGUGGAGUCUCGCUGGAGGAGAAGUCCAAGCAGAGCAAAGCCCGUGUGCACUAUAAGAAGUUUACGCGUGGCAAAGAUUUAUCACGAUACAGUGAAAAAGAUUUGGCCAACAUAUUUGGCAAAAAGGCUACAGAAGACAUCGAUGCACCUUUUGAGCCUGUUGUACCCGCAGAGCAGCAGCCAGCAGAGGAGGAGAAGCCUGUUGAUCCCAAUUUUGCUGGUGUUCACACAGUGAGCACUGGACUGUCAGUUAAUGAUUAUUUCAAACAGAAAAUGGAAGCUAUGAAAAACAGGUUCAAGAACAAUUCUUUUGUUGCUGCCGAGGAAGCGACACCGCUUCCAAAUGGAGAUGGCGAAGCUGCUCUGAAUGAUGCUGAAGAGAUUGAAGAGACAGCUCAACCGGAAAAGAAGAAAAAUAAAUCAAAGCGUGCCAAGAAAGAGGAAGAGGAAACGGUAAUUGAAUCUUCCCCAGUUACAGAAACUGCUUCCAAGAUAAAGAAGAAGAAGAAGUCGAAAGAAGUGGUUGAAGAAGCUGAAGCUGAGCCAGAAGUAGAAGCAGAGAUUGUAUCUGUCAAGAAGAAGAAAGAAAAGAAGAAAUCGAAGCGUGCAUCUGAGGAGCAGAGUGAGUUGACUGAAGAGAAACCGCCACUGCAAAAGAAAUCGAAGCAUGUAGCUGAAGAAGCUGCAGAUGAACCAGAAAUAGACACAAAGGAUGUUAAUGAGGUGAAACAGAAAAAGUCGAAACGUGCACCUGAAGAGGACGCUGAACAGGCUCAGGAAGCAGUCGAAGCCACUCCAAGCGAGGAAUCUGCUACCAAGGAGAAGACGAAAAAGAAGUCAAAGCGUGCUGCCGAAGAAACAGCUACAGUGGAGCAGCAACCUAAGUCCGAAGUGGAAGCUGUGUCUGUUGAAGCUGUUGUCAAGGAAAAGAAAAAGAAGUCGAAGCGAGCUGCCGAAGAAAUCGAGGAGAAGCAGCAACCCGAACCUGAAGUGAAAUCUGUGCCGUCCGAUGAAGCUACUUCCAAGGAGAAGAAAAAGAAAUCCAAGCGGGCAGCCGAAGCAGAUGCCAUUGAGUUGGAGCAACAAGUGGAGGAAGCCGAGGAAACAAGCCAGCCAAAGCGUAAAAAGAAAAAGAAGGAUAAGCAAGAUGAGGAUGUCGAUGUGAAUGAAACAAAAGAAACCCCAGUAGAAGAAGAAACUAACAAGAAAUCGAAGAAGAAAAAGAAGCCAGAGAAUCAUAAGAACGUUGAAGUAAGUGCUGAAUCUUCUAGUUCUGAUGCAGAUACUGAGUCUGACAACAGCCAAUACCUUUCUUACGAGGAACUUAUUAAAAAGCGAGACUCAUUCAAUGUAUGCCCAAUCUCUUCAUUUUGCGCAGAAAAAUUCUACAUCUUCGAUAUGAAGGCGUACAGGAACUCGACGAUAGCACACAUAACCGGAUACGAUGUCGACGAAAAUAUAAAACUGAAAGUGGUGCAAGCAAAAAACGAUAAUCUGCGUAUUUUCAAUCUUUGGGAAGGCAAAACUAGCAAGUACAUCAAUGAACCGAAGGUUGGCAUAACAAAACCCAAACAUAAACAUAAAGCAGCUGUGAGAGCAGUGAAGAAACGUCAAUUAUUCUCAGGAAUUUAGUGAACAUCAACAUUGAAACACGAAAAAUAUAAUUCAACUGAAUUCUUAAAGGCGUAGUAUAAUAUUAGUGUUGUACAUAGUUUACAUUUUAAUAUGUAACAAUAAUGUAAUAGUUAUUAUUAUAAUAAACAAACCAAUAUUUUUUAAAUGUUA